CGGGGGCGGGCAGGCAGGGCAGGGGAGGGCGGGCGGGAGGAGGGAGCAGCAGGGAGGUGUGGGGAGCUGAGCGGAGAGGGGGGCUGAUGGGGGGCGAGCGCAGCGCCACAGCCCCCACCCCUGCACGCACUCGCGCGCUCACGCACACACUCACUCUCUCCGCCUUACGGACCUCAGGCCAGCAGCGACAAGAGGCUCCCGCAAAAUGAAAUCAGUGCAGUGGCGGGGCCACGAUGCCCGAGCGCCGAGGUCGUGCGCGACAGGCGAGGAAAGGACGCAGGCGAGCUCCGCGCUUGUCGCCCAGGUCCCGCGCGCCCGCAGGUCCACCUGACCGCCGCGGGGGUGUUGGGGCGGCGGGUGGAGGCCGCGCGCCUUCUCCGCUGCGCUCUGGGUUGGCCGUUUCCUCCCCCGCCGCCCUGCUCUCGCCGCCUUGCGCGGCGGGUAUUGUUCCGCGCCGGAGCCGCGGUGUUUAGCCCUCCUCGUUCUCCGCGCUAGGCAUUGGCUGCGCCUGGCGUAGUAAACUUGCAGCGGCCACGAAUUCCCCCAGAUGAAGGAAGCUGCCGCGUCGCUCCCUCUUUCUUUAAGUUGUGCGGGAGGAGGAGGAAGAGGAGGGGGAGGAGACAGGCAGAGGGAGGGGAGGAGGGGGAGGCUGGGCCGUAAAACAAUAACAACAAUAAAAAAAGUGAUCGCUAGCUCCCUCGCUCCCUCCGGCCAGUCGGCCCGGGGCUCUGGACCCGGAGCCGGCGGUCGCACCCGCGAGGACCAAGCGGAUUCCGCGGUCCAAGCAAAAGUGAAGAGGCCAAGGCAGGUUUCCCCCUUUCGGCUAAGGAGGGCUGUGUUCGCUACCCCGCCUCUGUUUAUUUCAGUGGACGCCGCCGACGCCGCAGCCUUUUAUUUUUUAUUUUUUGUCUCCUCCUUUUCCUUUCCCCUCCUCCCUAGCCCCCGCGUCUCCCACCCCAGCCUUCCUUUCCUCCCUCUAGCUCCCAGCCGGGCCUCCCGGUCACACCGCCCCUUGAACGGUGGCUCCCGCCUCUCCCGCCCUCCGGGCGCCGCCAUUGGCUGCUGUGGCCCAGUCAAUCGGGCGCCCCCGCCCCGUGGCCCGUCCACCCCUCCUCUCCCGCGCCCCCGAAGCUCCCAGCCUCUCCUGCGGCGGCGGAUUGUGGCUGCUGGCCCAGCUUGCAAGCUUCCCGCUCUUCCCCCGCGCGCCCGGCCCUGCGGCUCCUCGUCCCGGCCCGCCGCGGAGCUCCCCAGAGCCAGGCGACAGGCCGGGCCGCGGGGUUACAGCGCCCUUAGCCGGGCGGGGAGGGGACGGCACCCUACGCUCGCUCCCUUCAGCAGAGGCCACCGACACCUCGCGGAUCCGAGCCUCUCCCGGCGGGCACCGAAAGCGGGUACCCCUAGCCGCUCGAGAAUGUGGCUAGUAUCCAGCCGCGGAGCGGGAGGACCUGCGCGCCGGUACACUACAGGUCCCGGGCCCCGUGGGGAGCGCGCCGCCUCUCGGGAUCGGUUUGCACGCUCCCUAUCGCUCUCCUACCCACUUAGUAAACUUGCUCUGUGGUCUUGAAAACACAGGUGCAGGAUGGUGGGCCUAGAUAAAACCAGACAUUUCCUUUCCUCCGACUCUCUGGACACUCACCCAGACACCGCCCCACUCCCCGGCGGUGGCCCCCACCCGCCGCUCGGCGCACUCUACUUCCCCCGCGGCUCGCGUCCUGCUCCGAUUACAACAGUAAACACUGGACAGCGGGCCCCCGUGAGGGAGGGGUUGUUUGGAAGUCGUUUAAAGACAGUGUCACCCUCAGGGUAGAUGCCCAGAAGCCCGGGCCGCUGCCAUGGUGGGGUGGGAAGUGUGGGGAUGCCCGAGGCGCGCGGCCAAGAAGGAAAUGGGGGAGAGAGCAAGAAAGCAAGGGGGAAAAAAUCCUGCAAAGGUUUUCAGAGUCAUUGCCUCAAAAGUUUCUGCAAGGGCCCUCUGUGGCAGAGUCAGAUCCGCGGGACCCACAACUGUCACCAUCCAGCAAACAUGUUCCCCUCUUCGUAAGUUUUCCAAAAUUGUUCUUUGGAGAUCUCACGGGACCUGCGCCAAGGCUGGCCAGAGUGGGUUCUUGGGCUGUAUGUGGAUAUCCUUGUAAGGUGGGCCCCUAGGCGCCCGGGGUUGGCGUCCAUUUCCCGGCAAGUGGAGAGAAUGGCAGUACGACAGAGAAUUCGGGUUGUCUUCAAACCACAGAAAAUCCCAUCAAACACCUGGGCACUUAUUCACUGAGCACUUCAUUUAGUUUGUGGGCCUCUGUGAACGGUUGACUGAGUUCUUUUGUAGUAUGAUGAGUAUUUUGUGUGUACAUAUACAUAAAAAAAACAACAACGUGUAUGUACAGGCAAUACACUCACAUAGGUAUAUCUUGCUGGCCAGGAGAAGCCAAAAACAAACAAGCAAACAAAACCAGCCUUUAAACUGGAAAGCAGAAACACACAGUAACUAUACCACUCAAACUUUUAAUUUUCCUCUUAAGGAAAGAGAUAGAAAUGGGGGAAGAGAUGGGAGAAGCAAACGUGGAAUCAGUUGUCUAUAUACACCAGACCAAAAAAAAAAAAAAAAAAGGAUUUCUCCGGAUUUCAGCACCAUCCUCUGUAUCACAGACUUAUAAAUUCAAGGAGCUCAUCAACAGGAUAUUAAGUUGCAGGUCACCUUUGAUUCAGCCCUCUCAGCCACUCCUGGGCUGGGCGACCCUGACCCAUGAAAGACCACAUGUGUGGUGGAGGAGCCCCCUCCAUAAAACCCACCUAGAACAAAAGUUCUUUGUCAGAGCUUUAGAGAUGUGUAAUGUAAAAGAAGGGGAAAUCUGUAAUAUAAAAGAAGGGGAAAUCGUGAAAAUCUCAGCCAAUGUUGUAACCUUUAAAUGCCAUUUUUAAGAAGGGGGAGGUGACUGGAGGUGGGAAGGUAUCAUAGGACAAGGCCCUCUCCUGUCGGCGAAAAGAACUUCUUCCUACAGUUAAAAUUUACUAUUCUGUAACUGGGCUUAUAAAAUGUCUCUAUAUAAAAUAUAUGCUCACCAGCAGUUUAGUGAUAGGGAUGCAGGUGUUUGUGUAUUUGUCAUGAGGGAUUCAAAAAAAUAGAUACUAACAUUUAUAGGUGACAGUGGUUGUGGUUUUGCAAAAGGAAGAAACUCCUUACUUUGUCUCCUCUUUCCUGAUGGGAGUGUGUCUACUACUGCAAAACAAAACAAAACAAAUCGAAAAACAGGAAGCACUAGCUUACGUGAAUAUGUUUAAUUAUUUUUGAGGACCAUUAUCCUUUGGGCUCCCAGGCGAACUACAUCCAAAGAAGUUGAAUACCAGUGACAGGCAAGCAGCUUUCCAAUAAACUGCAGUAUUAUUGCAAUAGACUUUGUAAUACAAUUUAUGCUGUCAUUCAUAAAUAACAAUGCCAUAUGUCAACCAUAUUGCUUACACAAGUAAAUCCGUCAACGUGUC